GGGGAGUUGGAAGUAAUGUUUGGAGAUAUGCCAUUGAGUAUGCAGUCUGCUCAGAGUGUUAUGCUUCUUGAUGAGUACCAUCUGGAUCUGUAUUAUGUUUACUGUCAUCUCGCACAUUCAGGAUGUAAAGUAGUGCGUCAUCAACCACAUAUCAGAUUUACAAAGUAUGAAAAACAGAUUCGCCUCGAUCAGCAUCAGGUGAAGAAAAAUAAGAAAAAGCAUAAGUUGAAAGUUGAAUCUUCAAAGGAGACAUCACAAGAAAAUGUAAGAGAUGUACAAGUGUUACCAGAGAAAUUAGAAAAGGAUGAGGAAGUGGUAGAAUUAGAGAAGCCAAACUUGGAUGCAGCUCUCAAGGAUUUUUACUCUGUUAUUGGAGAUGAUAUACCUUCUUUGACUGAAACAGACAAUACAGAAGUUUUAGAGAUUACUAAAACAGAUUGUAGUAGUGAGAAAGUUUCAGAAGGGUAUGAAGUUGUUAAUUUGUCAGAGGAUAUGAAUGAUUAUGAACGAAAAAGACAUGAGUAUUUGAAUAGGUUUCCUUGUAUGUUAGGGAUGACCUCUCAGAUUAUUUAUGCUGAAGACCCUGACCUUCUCCCUGAAAAUUCUAAGCCAGUUAAAGAAGUCUAUAAAAUUUCUCUUGAAAUUCUCAAUUAUUACAGUAGGUAUUUAGAUGAUGGCAAUCAAAAUAAUAAUUGGAAAUUUGAAAAGAGAAAUAAUUGGAACAGAGGCCAAUGGAAUGCUUCAAGGCAGCAGAGAAAUAAUAGAAGUAGAUUUCAAGGUUUUAAUGAUGCGCACGGUAGGUCUUACAAUGAUGGUAACUGGCUUAGAGGUGGGGGAAACAGCGCUAACAGGGAGAGUAGACUUAGUGGUAGAGGCACUGGAAUGUAUAUGACCAGGGACCAGAUUGUUAGGGGGGAAAAUGAAGAUAAUAUAAGUGUUGACAAAUUUUUGUCCACUGUAAGAAAUGAGAACUUUGAAGCAGAGUAUAAUAGUGGUGUAUGUAACAGAUCAGGUGAUGAUGCCAGCAGUACUAGGAUGAUAAUAGAAAUGAGAGAGAAGGGUCCAAGAGAGAGGUAUAGAUUUAGUAAUGAUGAUGAUACUUUGCAGAGCAGUAGAGUUUUAGAAAGAGGGUCAUUGCAUUACAGUCGUGUACCUGAGGGUUCUCCUAAUAGAGGAGACAACAUACCACUGGAAAGCAGAUGGGCUGAAAAUGGGAAAUAUUCUGGAAGACAAAGUAAAAAUACAAGGGAUGGUAAUUCAGAGGAAAGGAGGGUUAAUUGGCCUAAUGAUAUAAGAGAGAAUAUUCACAGCAGAAGCAUUAUUGAUCAAAAUAUUUAUGGUAGAGAGAGGGAAAGUAUUGAUAAUAUGAGGCAAGCAAUUCGAAGGGAAAGUAGCAGCAGAUGGCAAGAUGAAUAUGAGAGUGAGAAAAGGGCAAGAAUGAGUAGUGAAGUUCCAAGGGGGAGACAGGAAAUUUUAGAGAGAGAGAGUUGGGACAGGACUAAUCAUAGGAAUGAUGAAUGGGAAAGACCAGAAAAGGUCUCAGAAGAGCAUUGGAGUAGAACUGGGGUGAACGACGUUGAUAGACAGGAAAGUCAGAGUAGUCUGUCAGAAAAUUUAAGGGCCAGAGCUGAGCAGAGUUAUGAUGUCAGAUGGGAUAGACAGGAAAGACCACAUGAAAAAAGGUGGGAUGGAACCAGCAUGGACUUUGAUAAUAGAGGGGAAAGGUGGGCAAGGUGGCCUGAAGGUAGACAAGAUUUGGACUGUAGAAGGGCUGGGUAUAGUGAGCCAGGAGCAGAGUGGCAAAGAAACGAAUUUCGGCAUGCAAAAAUAGAUGUAAAUGAAUCUUUAAGAGAGUGGAGGGGUGAUGUGAGGAACCCUGAGUGUAUACAAGGGAAAGUAAGUGAUAGGCAAAGGGAUAAAUGUAUGCAACAAGAUGAGAUAGAUGAGGAAAGAAGGGCUGAUGAAAGAUAUCAGUACUGGAGAAAAUCUCAAUGGGGUUAUGACAAAAGAAACGAUAGAAAUAUUUAUAAUGCUCAUCAAAGUGAAAGAAUGGAUUCUUGUGGCAGGAGAUCAAGUGAAUACCAAGGAAGUGCAAACAGAUUCCAAAGUCAUGAAAACAGAACUUACUCAAGUGGUACAAGAAAACCUGACUGGCAUCAGCAUGAUGAUAGAUGGUCAGAUCAGAACUCACAAAGUGAUAGGGUUUGUUCCAGUGGUGAAGGCAGAUCAGAUUAUUCUGAAGAAAGUUUUCGAAUCAGAGGUCAGGACCCUCAUGAAAAUUGGGGCUCACCACAUACCUUAGAGAUUCUCCUGAUUGUCCUGGACUCAUCAUAUUCAAAUCAAACACCUUAUGAACCUGAAGUGGACUUGACAGUCAGACCAGAAUGGAAAAAUAAAAGAAGAAGAAGAAAUAAGGGUGGUUAUGACACCUAUCCAAGUUACUUGGUUAAACUGUCGGUGAAAGUUAAUUCAUGGAAGGAGUACAAGGAUAUUGUUAAUUCCAUGUCUGAAGGAAAAAUUCUAAAUCAAGGUCUUGGUAAAGUUUUGUGGAGAGGGCCUUCAGUACCACUCAUCAAACCUUCCAUGGCAUCUACUUUAGAAAAUAUUUUGAAUAAUUGUUGUAUCAAGGCAGAGGAGGAUGCCAACCCAGGUGAGGGACAUCCAAUGGAGGGUUACUUGGUGUUGCAUUAUGAUGUGUAUCUUCCUAAUAUGGUCUAUAGAAAAUCAAGUCCAUCCAUCCCUGGUAAAAGAAUUACUGUGAUAAGAAAUGGUGCAGUUCCCUCAUUAAAACAGAUUCAGGAAGUUACCAAAAGGUUUCCAGAUGAGGCACCUGUUGUUUGUGCUGUUGUGACAGUGGGAGAAGUAAGACUGUACACAUUAUCCCCCAUCACCAUUCCUUCUAGUUGACAAAGCUUGUUGAAAGAAAAAUCUUUAUUGUAUAUACAGAUAUUUAUAUUGUAAAUAUUGUAUAAAGCAGGCUUUUAUACAAUGAUGUGUAUUUAAGACUUUGUACUGUGGUUUUUGAAUAUUUGUAUUUUAGCUACAAGGUAUGUAAACCAAACAGCUGUAGCCAUAUUGAGAACUUACACAGUUUUGACAUUUUUGCAGACGUGCAGUUUUGACAGAUUGUAUUACAAUGUCUGAAUUCUCAUGGUAAUAUUAGUAGUGAACUGAUGCAGUAAACAUUGUGAAUUUUACAUAUUGGAUUUAAAAACGCUUUUGAAUUGUAACCAGUAUACAAAACGAAGUAUUAUCAGUCAGUUUCUAUAUCUUGUAAUCAAUGAUAUAGGUACAGGCAGUCCCCUGGUUCCAUCAGGCUCGGGUUAUGUCAUUCCAGACUUUUGGCGCUGCUAACCACAAGUUUUCAGAGCUGUAAGUGGUUUUACGGCACUGUAACCUACUUCACGGCGCUGUAACAGCAUGGUUAAGUGCUAUUUAUUACCAUUAUAGUUAUGAUGAUUCGGGUUAUGGCAACUUUCGGCUUACAGUGCCCUGCUGGGAACGGAACCCCUCUGUAACCUUGGGACUGCCUGUAUAUGAAAUUAAGUUUUGAGAAUGGGAAAAGUACAAAUUUUUAAAGUAAUUUGUAUUUUUCCUAACAUACAAACCUGAAGGUCUUUACAUAAGGGUAUUAUUUGAAGCGUGAGCUAGAAACUGCCAUUCAACUUUUAAACAAAGUAGUUAACUACUACUGGUAGGGAUGGGAGCCCUGCCCACCCAUCAGUAUGCACUCACUUUGCCUUUUGGCCCAGGUAUCAGAAUGAGGGGUGGCUGAGGUAGGCAAGCAAGAACACAGUCUUGAGGGGUCAGACCCCUGUCCGACGACUCUCAUAAAGGCUCUUGGAGUGCACGGAGUCACGUCCCACUAAGGGGGCCCCCGAGUUCCUUGGUAGGGCAAGACUGCUCGAAGCUUCUCAACAGCAUAGAGAUCUCCCAUAAGAAAGAGAGAUCAAUGCCUUUCAGUUGAAGGACUUGGCACAAGGCAGAUCUGUAGCCCUUAAUAGCUAAGACAGAGAGCUUCUUCUCAUGGCAAAGAAAGAGAAAAAAAGUCCACUACCUGCUGAAGAGUAGCUUCAACGGUAGGUACCCCAUUAAUGACACCAACCAAAGAAGACAGCUCAUUUCCACUGGUACACAGCUGCAGAGAAUUUACAAAGGUAUUUAGACACUCUCAUGACACCUAUAUAUCAAUAUCACAACCAAACAAAAGUAUGGAAAGGUCAAAUGGUCAGUCGGGCAGAGAAGACAUCUACACUCGAUGGCAGCCAAAAGUAAAGUGAGUGCGUACCGACGGGUGAGUGGGGCUCCUAACCCUACCAGCGAUAGCUAACUUGUUUAAAAGUUAAACCACUGUUCCCAGCUCAUGCUGCAAGUAAUAUCCUUAUGUAAAGACCUUCAAGUUUGUAUCUAUAUAAAAACAAAGAACUAAAUAAACUUUAUUUUGGUCUACAUGUAUUUGAAAAUUUCUGCUUCUUGAUUAUUAUAAAUGUCUGAAUAGAACUUUAAAAGUUAAAUUUUGUUUGUAAUGAUUUGCAGUGUAUAAGAAAUAUAUAACACUUCAUAAUUUUUUUUUUAUCUCCGAGAGGAUUCAUUUAUUGUCCAAAGAUAUGAGUAAACAAAUUACUUGCAUAGUCUUCAUUUUUGUUCUAGAACAUAUCCAGAUAUGUUACCCAAUUAUUUAAAUGCAAAAAUUGUAAUUACUAUACGAAGGAAAUAUGAAAAAAAAUGAAUGACAAAGUAGCAUUAUGUUUUUCCGUAAAUAAAUGAUUGUGUGUGUGUUUGUAUGGUGUUUUUACGUUGCAUGGAACCAGUGGUUAUUCAGCAAUGGGAUCUAUGGCUUUACGUGACUUCCAAACCACGUCGAGAGAGAACUUCUAUAACCAGAAAUACACAUCCCUGACCCCUCACUGCCAGGCCAAGACCAAACUGACCAUGCCACCGAGGUGCUGUAAAUAAAUGUUAGUCAAGAGUUCAUUCCCCUGCCAACCACCCCCAACCUGUUAAGCAUCACUAACAGUAUGUCUCAGUCGCCCACCCCUUAUCACGCCGCCUUUGAUCGAGUAACAUUUUCCAUCUUUCAAGGAUGGUACUGUACUAAUCUAGCUUAGAAAUGCACUUUACAUUCAUACAAAUUGGUAACACUAUCGAGCUGAUUUUGGGAUAAAUGACAAAUCGUUUUUGUAACAGACAGUCUGACAGAGGACAUCCACCUCUUUUCCCAGUAUGCUUUAGGCUUUCAUUGAUAAUUGUUUUUUGUUUUGAUCUAAUUUAUUCCCCAUAAUGAUCAUUCUCAAGCAAAGGAAAAAUCUUUUGCCCAGGAAAAAUCUUUGCCUGACGAUUACUACGAGACUGAGUAGCAGCUCAGACGACUCUUAACAGACUGAAGAUUUAUCUGAUUCUAAAGAAAACCAUGAUUUACAUUCUAGCAUCACAUUACCAAGUGACUGAGCAGUAAGCCAUAAAGAGAGGCGUCCUUUACUAAUUGUUCACUCUAAUGUGUAAAAUUUACUGUUCAGGAUGAGGGAAACCCCAUGGAGGUUUUUUGAUGAUGAAGCCAUGGAGCACACUAACAGAUUUGCCAAAGUUUCUAGAUCAAUAGCGUAUACAGAAAGUUUGCCUACAAUAUCAUGUGCACUAAAAUGGUAUAAUACAAAUGUAAAUGAAAUUAAACCAUUUAUCACUACUGGCUGUAUGUUUCAGGGAAUGGCAGACAAAACAAUUUUUUUCUUUUUUACAUUUCAUGAUUGUAAUCUUUGGGAUAUAAAAUUGAAAAAAAUAUUAAUUUUCUUAUUCUACCUUAUUUGAUAUUCUAAUGUUUACACAAUGUCAGUGUAAAAAAGAAUAUAAAAUAGCAUAAAAAUUAGCAGAGACCAAAUGAAUGCUCUGUUAGCGAGAAAAUGUGACCAUACCAGAGCGGCGACAUCUCCCAUAAGUGAAGCCUGUCAGAUUAAUUAUGUAAUUUUGGGAUUAAAAUUAAACUUAUACAAAACACAGCAACAUAAAUGUUACAUAAGUAAAUAAAAAAAUAUCAAGAAAACACCAAAAAUUAUCCUAAUCUUGGCUGCUGGUUUGUGCAAUUACUUCAAGCUGUGCUUACAAAAGCAGCGAGAUAUUAUUAUUAGUAUUAUUUUAUUAAAAGUAUUGGCUACUAAAGCAGCAUAGCUUAUAGAGAUUCUUCUCUAUUUCCCAUGCUACUUAAACAGGCUAGUUGAGCGCCUAUGGAGGUCCUUCUCAAAUGCAGGGCCAAGAUUGGUGUAUAUAUUUCUAUUAGAAUUUUCUUACGUGUAAACUAUGAUAUCAUAGUUAUCAAAGUCAAUAAUGAUUCUCUCUCUCUCUCUCUCUCUCUCUCUCUCUCUCUCUCUCUCUCUCUCUCUCUCUCUCUCUCUCUCUCUCUCUCUUUUUCUUUUAGCGAGCUUUUGUAUCGAGCUGCCAAACAUCCUUUAGGCUAGGAAGCUGAGGGUGGACUGCUUCUGGCGUGGUGUCCCUUCUUAUAUUCGGGGUCAUCAGCAGGGGGUUCUGACCCAUGCCGAUCUCUUAUUGGUUGAUGGCGGCAAGUCAGGAUUUUCAUUGAUUGCUUGGGAGUAUCUUGUUCGGGGUCGUUGUCAUCUGUGGAGUUGUCACAACUGGCAGUGUCAUUAUUGGGUGCAGGUCUUCUCAUACUCGUGGGGAGGAGAAAUACUUCCUGUGUCGUUUUCAGCGUUGGUUUUAUUUGCUGGAUGAGAAGGGCCUCCAGCAGGCACAAUCAGCGGCUGUCAGAGCCCUUCCUGAUGAUCUUAGUUUUCUGGAUGAUAAUAUCCUGAGAGAUAUUUUCUUGGUGUCCAGUGCGGGCGUGGUUUUUUAUAGCCCCUCCUGGGCGUGGCAGAUCAUCUUCGACAGGUACAUGCUGCUCAUACCGACAUACACACCGCUGCAACCGUGGACUGGACAUGUGUACUGGUAUACCACAUACAUCUGCUUCAGGGUGUCUCAUAACUGCCAUGAAGGGGUUAUUCUUCAUAAUUAUGUUUGCAUCCUCCGAUUUUGGUAGUAGUAUAUAAUUAAGUCUGUUUUCUUGGUGUCGCCUAUCAGGUUUAAUUUUCACGUAUAAUCUUUACGAGUCCUCUUCUUCAUGGUAAUGGGAACUCACGAAGGCUUUAUAGUAUAGUACAGCUUGAUGUUAUCAUUAUUAUUCAAAGGAUGAAACCUAUUCAUACUGAAUAAGCCCACAGGGGCCAGUGACUUGAAAUUCAAGCUUUCAAAGAAUAUGGUGUUCAUCAGGAUGAAGUAAGAGGUAAAGGGAAAUACAUAAAGAGAUCCCACUUCUUAAAAAAAGAAAAAAUUAAUAGGUAAAAUGUAUUAAAAUGCAAGGGCAGAGAUAUUGACAGCAAUAAAUGAACAAAGUCUUGCUACUGUCUAGUACAAGAGUUGAAGACCCAAGGGUUGUGCAUGUAAUUAGAUUACUUGCUGCUGUUUCUGUCUUACAGGCAAGACUGAACAUCUUGUACCAUAUAGAAUGAGAAAGGACUUAAAAAACAGAAAAGAAAUAUGGAAUGAUGUAAACAUUUUAAAAUUUACAAAAUGAAUAUGAAUUUGAGGAUAUACUAAAGAAGGACCAAUAAGUGACAUCUGCAGAAGCAAAAAACUUCCUUCCAUAUACACACAAUGAUUCUCUAAAAUCAGUCAACACAGAUGACCAACCAAAAUAUAUAACAAUGUAAUAAAGGAAGUGAUGGAAUCAGAAGAAAAUCUAAUAAUAACAAAGAAAUUUAUGCGCUUUAUUGUGAAAAGCCUUAAAUAACAUUGCUGAAGCAUAAUCGUUACGAAUGGGAAGAUGUGCUGAUGAAAAGGUCUCAAUAAAAUUUAUCUAUAAUUGUCAAUUUGGCUUUGUCACAAGAAAAUUGACCAUACAGACCAAUUUUAGAAUAAGACAAUUACAUAAAUGUACCAAGGAAUUUUAGCCUUUAACAAAUUAAGAAUAACAAAACAAUAUGACUGGCAUGGCAAGGACAGAGGGUACUUAAGACAUUGAGCAAGUGAUGAUCUUGUACUGUAAUAAAAGACCUAGGGUGGCCUUACACUAUAAUAAAGACCUAGGAUGAAGAUUGUUUUAAAUGUACAAAAAUAAUUUGAGAUGAAUAUUUGUACCCAUCAAGGAAUCAGCCCUGAGUAUUUUUUUUAUACCAUAGUUUUAAAAAAUAAUUUUACCAAACAACUGAUCUCUGUUGCAACAAGACUCCUCUAUUUUGUCAAAGUACAGUAUGAUACUACCCCUGCAAACGGAUGCAAACAGGGAGCCUCUGGGAGUCCUGUACAUGGUUGACCAUAGGUUAACAGCAGAAUUAAAAGGUGCAAAAGUGGAAUGGAAAAAAGAAGACUUCAUGGGCAGUUGGAGUUCAAUCCUCCAGACACGUGACAAAAUAGUAAUAACAAAGAUUUACAAUAGUUUACACAAUACAUACCUGGGAGCCAUUUUCAUAUAAAGUAAUUAAUAUCUUACUCAAAUAAGUAUUUAUCAUUUAGUUUAAACUAACAGUUCACUUAUGACUUAAUUUCAGCUAUAUCCGCAAAAUAAAUUGCUUCCAAAUACAAUUCAAUAUUGUACAGUAUGGCUAACAAAAAUAUAGCCGACUGCAACUGCAGUUGUUCGACCUAGUUUUAUAAUGUUCUGCUUUGAAUUUACAAUACGCUACACUAUUACUUACCCUCUCCCCAUGUAGUAUUUUUGUUGUCAUGCAUCUCGAAUGCAACUCAGUACAAUAUAUUUACAUAUAUAUUUUUCAGUCUGUGUAUAUUUACAGGUAUUGUAUAUGCAUACAAGCAUGGACCGCUUUAAGGUAUACUAAGCACUUACUGUACAUCUGCUUGCCUUUCUCUGUCUCUCUCAGAUAUUACUGUAAGAAAUACUAUAUACUGUACUGUUGAACCAAACAAAUACUUCGUUCAGUUUUCUUCUGAAGAUGGAAAAAGAAACCCAGAAAAUUAUCAUACUGUGUAUAACAUGUUUAAUUGUAAACAUUUACAAGUAAACAAGUUGUACACAGUAAUUUUAUGGGUUUCUUUUUCCAUACUGUACUGCGUUCAUGUCAAUAAAAAUACUGGAGCAAAGAGAGAGAGGGAUGGAGGACACAGAUGUGCACAAUAUGAGUAUAUCUUAAAAUUAAAAAUAUGUGGAACACUACACUACUAUAUUAUAUACAGUACUGCAUUAAAUAAAUGUCAUACAUACUGUACCAAAGAUAGGACCCAUGUGGCUGUAGUGACUGGACAUUUUAGUCUAAGUGAAUUGCCAAAUUCUAUUGGUAUUUAAUGGAUUAAAUGAAGUUUCAAACUCAUGGGGUGUAAUGGAGGUAGGCUUAGGCAAUUGUUCUUUUUUAACCAUGAGACAAAGAAGUUGGUGCAGUUGCUUUAAAAAAUGGCACGUGGAACUUUUCUUAUACACUCCGUUAACAAUGACUUCUUAUUUUGUUGUGGAACUUUUCUUAUACACUCCAUUAACAAUGACUUCUUAUUUUGAAGUACACAUGCAAGUGCAAUUACUCUUCUUGAAGCAUGGCCUCAUCAACUUACAAAAAUUCAGAAAAGGAAAUUUUAAUAGAUGAGAGUAACAAUGAUUUGCAAUAGUUUGACUGGCUAUUCUGAAUUACAGGUACAGUACAUAUAUUUACAACAAACUUUAUUUAACCAAACAUCUCAGAAUUUCUGAGCUCAAGAUUGCUAAACGAACAGUGAUACUUUCACCAUAGUAAUCAACUUUUCAACACAUAUGUUUACUUUAAGUACAAAAUCAUGAAAGUCUGCACCGAUAUAUUUGCGAGUGAAACAAUAGAUGCAUGAAUUUUGUUGGUGACAUGAUUGCAAAUCCCACACCUGAUAAAGAACCUCCAUGUCUUAUAAAUUCUACUGUAUGUAAUGAUGUUCUGGGGUAUAUGCAUUGUUUUUAAAUAUUUCAAGUGCAUGCAAGACUAACUCUUGCAUGGUUCCAGGAGAAUGUAGUUUUAAUACUAGGCAAAAUCUUUGUAUUGAUGUGUUGACUCAAACAGUAUAUUGGCUCUACGCAUUAUUACGACUUCUGAUUUGGAUAAAAAGUUUGGAGAUAAUUUAAAAACUCCAGUGCAUAUUCCAGGUCUCUAAUUUGGAACUGGAUCUAAACUUUUUAAAGCUGUACAAUGUGUAGCAUAUAGAAAAAUAAUUUGUUUAUAUACAUUUUAUUUCUUUAUACCAACUGGUAGAACAACCUGUGCAGAACUGAUUUCAAGUUGGGAAAGUCCUUGAAUAUAGAUCAUAAAUUGCACUUGCAAAGAUAGUCUGUUAGAAUGUGGUAGUCUGGUUAGAAAGUUUGACGAAAAUUGGUUAAGUGACCAUGUAUGUGUUAUUAUUAUUUUUGUAAAAUGUUUUUAAUAUUGAGUAUCUUUACAUGGUAUCAUAAACUUUCUUAUUUUAA